UGCAUUUUCAAAAUUCAAAACCGUCAACACAAAAUUUUCUUCUCUCCUCCUCUCUAAAACGAAUCAACGAAUUUGACCCCUUCCCACGAUCGGAUUCGGGAAGCUAUGGACAAAAGCAUCAGCAUCACCUCCAAUGUUAGCACGACGACUUCUAUAGAGAAGAUCGAUCACGCGGCGAGCUGGAUCAGCGCCACCGUCAUCUCCGCUUUCUUUUCCUCUCUCGAACGCUGCGCCUGCGUCAAUCUCUCCACCUCUCAUGAUGAUGAUGAAGACGACGACAACGACGAGGCUCACCACCGUCCUCUUGCUCUCUCCGCCGCUCCUCAUCAACACGACAUUGUUUAGCUCUGUUCUUCUUCUUUUUUAUCCUCUGGUGCAAAAUAACAAUUUACUCCUCUCGUCAUUUGGUAUGAAUUUGUAAUUUCUUGAUUUUUAAUACAAUGUCUAAAGUGUGUAAUGCUAUUGAUGCCUGAAUGAGAAUUUGAUUA